UCGCGCCCAGCUCUGGGGAGGGGGACGGACACCGCCCCGCCGCACGGCCGAAGCAGCAUGCUGGGCUCACAUGCCCCUCUCCGCGGAGCUGCCCUGCUCCUCUCCAUCAGCCUCCUGACACAGUGCCAUCUGCACGCCGCCCCCCUGCCCCCAGGGGAGGAUGCCCACCCAGAGGAGCCCCGCCAGCCCAGCCCUGUGCCCCCUGCCAAGGAGGUCCGGGCGAGAGCCCUGCCCGCCCCCAGCUGGGAAGGUGGGGACGCCAAGGAGGAGGAAGACGAUGAUGAGCUCUUCCGAGACGUGGACCCCAAGGCCUUGGCCGCUGUCCUGCUCCAAGCCCUGGGCACUGGGGGCCACAACACUCCAGACAAGCGCCGGGCCCCGGAUGAGGAGCGGGUGCAGAGCCAGAGCCGCAGCACCAGCCUGGGGCCAGGCUGGGCCCGGGAGCAACAGCUGGAGGAAGAGCAGGAGCAGGAGGAGGAGGAAGGCAGAGACAGCAGCUCCCAGGAACUGGAGAGCCUGCAGGCCCUGCUGCGUGAGCUGCGGCCUCUCGGCCCUGCGGCCAAGCGGGAGCGGGCCCAGGGGGAUGCCGGACACAACGCGGUGCUGAAGGAGCUGGAGGAGUACGAGCGGCUGCGGGCCGGCACCAAGCGCCGGGCCCCGCCAGCAGAACCCUGGGCCGGCGCUCGGAAACUGAGGCAGCAGCAGCAGCUGGAGCAUCAGCUUCUGCAGCGGCGCUACGAGGAGCUGGCCGAAAGCCGGCGGCAGGCCGAGGAGGCCCGCAAGGCGGCCGCUGAGGAGGAGCGGCUGGCUGACAUGGCCUCUGACCUGCUGCUGCAGUACCUGCUGAAGAGCCGGGAGGACGAGGGUGAGCCAGGGGCCGACGCCCACGAGGAGGAGGAGGAGGAGGAAGAGGAAGGCAGGUUCCGGGGCGGCAGGGCCAAGGGCAGCCCCUUGCUCUUCGAGGACGAGGAAGGCAACGUGGCGGAGGACAAGCGCUCCGACGAGGAGGAGGAGGACGACGACGUCAUUGACCCCAACACCAUCGACCAGCUGAUCGAGCUCUCCACCAAGCUGCACUUGCCCGCUGAGGACGUCAUUGACAUCAUCAACGACGUGGAGAAGAAGAAGGAGAUGGGGCCGCCGGCGCCCAAGCACCAGGCCAAGCCGCUCCCCUAUGCCCUGGCUCGGCCCUACUCUCCUGCCGCCCCCUGGCGCCACCCCAAGCCGGACGAGCGGGACUGGAACGAGGUGCUGCAUGGGGACGACUACCUCGCCCCCAAGAGGUACCUGGCCAAGCAGAAUGACUUCUCCAACUACAUCCAGCCCAGGGUCUUCCAGCCACCAUCCUACCCCCGCAGCCACCACCUGCCGGGCUCCCUGGCGCCCCGGGAUGAGGCUGCCGCCAGCCAGGCCCGAGAAGACGAGAUGGAGAACUACAUUGAGCAGGUGCUGAUGGACCGCGCCCAGGCAUUCCAGUGAAUCCCCCCACAGCUCCCCACGGAGAAGCGUGGUCAUUCUGAGUGUCCCAAGCAUUUCAGGUUGUGCAUGAAUCAGGAGAACCAAACCUCUCCCUCCUCGCGCCCGCAACGCCCCCCCCGACUUUAGGAUUCCCAGGUCCCACCAAGCCCACCAUGCUUGAAGGAACCGGGGUGUGUGUGGAAGACACAGGCCAUCUGGCCAUGGGGGAACAUGCCUCCCCCCUCCUUUUGAGGAGACACUCUGUGCAGGUGCCAGGAGGUGCCAGCCCAGGGAGAACCCGAUCCCGACUGUCUUCUCCGAGCCCCCCAGGGACAAGACCCCCGUGUGUCGUCAGCUGACAGGCGCAUCAGAAUUCGCCACAGCCCCUUCUAGUGCGGACAUGGAGAACGCCCCCACCCCCCAUUCGCUCUUCACUUGCUUCCCCUCUUAGGAUGCUAAACAGCCGCCAGUGAGGGGGAGGCCGAAAAAAAUCUAGACCAGGUCACUGAAAACAGAGCAAAGACCCAGUUGGCUCCAAAAUUCCCGUCCCGGCUUCAGCGUGUUUUUCCUUCUCUCAUCUCAGCAACUUCCCACCCACCUCCCUUCUGUACAAUUUUCAAACACGAACGCAGUGGAGGGAAGCACGAUGUUUGGAUGUGAAAAAACGGACAGGGCUUGUUUCAACAUGGACUUCUGGCCAGUCUGCGCGGGAGGAGAAAGCCAGAGCGAGUCCCGAGGGGGCGAUGGCGGGUGGGGUGGGGUGGGGUCAUUGACUUGGGGAAAACUUGGUCCCGCGGGGGUGGGGGUAGAAUCAGCACCGCUCUGUUGACUUUAAGGAACUGGCGACUUGACUUCGGGGGGACGAUCCUAACACUUACAGCGCUACAAAGCCAUGAGCUCCUACGUAACUCAGGCAGCGCACAGACAUCCAGCCCGUAGCUGGUGCUUGAGCUGGUCUCUCCAGUUAAAGAUUCCGAGUUCAGGAGAAGGGCGUCAAACAGGGGCUGUCAAUUGAGCCCAGGUGAGGUUCUCCCAGUUGUUAAAACGCCAGAGCCCUUCACAAUUAAAAGCGCUCCACAGUCCACGUCUCCGUGCCCAGAUCUGUGUCACCAACACACCUUCUCUCUUCUACAAUCCCACGCUGAUCCUUCCUGGUGCCCCAGGAUUAAGCUUUGCCCGGCGUCCGUCCUCCGCAGAAGGAACGAGGGGAGAGCAGAGUGAGAUAUUCCAUACCAAACUGCCUUAUCAAGCUAUCUUUCCACCGGGUUGUUUCUUCCAUCAAUCGACACCGAAGCUCGAGAUUGAAUAUUGUGACUCUGCCAGUGUUACGCACCCCAAAACCAUGUCCCCCACCCCUGCCAGGCAUGCCGCAUGCUGUGUCUUGCUGUGAACUCACCACCGUCCGAACACUACCAGCAUUUCCAGUCAAGCACCCAAUCAGUUCUAACCCACGAAGAGGCAGGGGAGCGCGCGGGUCGGGGAUGGGCGUUGUACUAAGGGCGUCUGCGCGUGUAUUUUCACCUGCAUCAUUUCCGAGUGUGUGAGAAUCUUGGCUUUGUGGCGUCUGGUUCCCAGUCCUGUGCCGUUUGUUUCGAUGUCCUGACCUCUGUGUUGUACUUAAUAAAACACGUUUGGCCUGUUGUAAAUAGCAUGUGGAAUUACUAGUUUUGCUAAGAAAUAAAAGCAACUAUUUUAUUA